CCUGGCUUCCAAGCUCCUGCAGCUAGUUUUCCGAACCAGAGGCAGCCAUACCAGCCUCGCCCAGGCCAGAUGCAGCAUCAACAACCACUCUAUCAGCCUAGAUAGGGGCAGGCUUUUCAACAGCCCCCACAGCAGUAGUACCAGCAGCCUGGUGCAUCUCCAUCAGUCCCAGCACCGGGCGACCCCGUGUCAAAACUAAGGGAUCUAGUGACUACCUUGGCCAACACUAGUACCCAAAAGUUCAAUAAAUUGGAGCAGUUCAUGGAAGUGGUUGUAGGCAAAUUCAUGGAGAUUGAAGCGGGCCAGAGAAACUAGCAAGCACUCCUGCAGGAUAUGGACACUAAUAUCGGGCACCUGGAAGAUGCCCUUGCCUUCAGACCGGCUGGCACACUUCCUGGCCAACCCCUACCGAAUCCCAGAAAUCAUAAGGAGGGGUUACACGCCAUUAUGCUGAGAAGUGGGACUGUGACUGCGGAUGCACCGCAGAAGAGUGCCAAGAAGGUGACCCAGAUCACCCCAGAGCCGGAAGAAGACCUGGUGAUGGAAAAGGGGCCAGAGGAUGAAGCUCCAAAGCCACAACCAGUAGUGGCUGAAUAUAAGCCUAAGCUCCCUUUUCCCACCAUGAUUUACAAAGACAGGCUAGAGGCAGAGUUCGACAACUUCUCAUCCAUGCUUAGGAAGCUUCAUGUUCAAGUUCCCUUCAUGGAGGCACUAUCUCUGAUGCUUAGGUACGCGAAGUUCCUGAAGGAGCUUCUCUCGAAGAAGCGGAGGCUGAGCGAGCUAGCCACUGUGGAGCUCAGCGAGGAGUGCUCGGCCAUUCUGCAGAACAAGCUUCCGCAGAAGCAGAAGGACCCAGGUAGUUUUACUAUCCCGUGCUCUAUAGGUAAAUUGCAUGUAGAGAGGUCCUUGGCGGAUCUAGGUGCUAGUAUUAAUGUGAUACCAUAUAAAUUGUUCAAGAAACUAGGCCUAGGUGAACCCAGUGCAACUAGGAUGAGUAUUCAACUAGCUGACCGAUCUAUAGUUCAUCCUAGGGGCAUAGUGGAAGACCUUCUGGUUAAGGUUGGAAGAUUCUUUUAUCCAGUGGAUUUUGUUGUCUUGGACAUCAAUGAGGACACAAAAGUGCCCCUUAUACUGGGAAGGCCUUUCCUGGCCACCGCCAAGGCUCUUAUAGAUGUACAUGAUGGGACCUUAGUCUUGAGGGAUGGCGAGGAGCGAAUAACGUUUUCCAUUGCUAAUACUCUCCAUGCUUCAUCGCCUUUGCAUGUUGUUUCUCACCAGGAGCAAGAGUCUGUUGUGUAUCCUUCUAUGCUUCCCAUUUUGCAGGACCCCCCUUCCAUACCCUCGCCGCCACUCCCGUCCACUCCGUUACCAAAGGAAAAGAUCAAGGAGGAGUGGCGGCCAAAACUGCCGGUAGCUAAGCCUGCUAAAAAGGAAGCAGGAGACCACUAUGAGCUGGUCCCGCCUCUUGAGCCUCGACCGCCUUGGCCAUCCGAGUAUUCACUCGCUUGGUUAUACGAGAGUUAAUCAAUCUACUGCUUUGUACUGGAACCCAAUUCCAGUAGUGGAGUUCUGUGUUUAUUUCCUUAGCAGUCUAUCCCGGUGAAGGUUAGUCGCCUGGCGAUUAGCCUGCCUGAGAGGGCUUGGUCAACUUAAGAGAUUCCAAGCUACUGUCGGAUCUUCCGCAGUUUAAUAAACAGUUAAUCAACCUAGGGUAAUUACAACUGAGACCUAACUAAGGAGCUAGGGGGACUCAUUCCCAAGUGACUCUUCCUUUGCUUUAGAAAACCGAAUCAUUUCCUUCUUUCUUACUGCUUUUACUUAAAUCAACAAUCACUCGACUU